UAAUUAUGAUUACUCCUCGGCGGGGACAGCAAACCUACACUCCGACUUGCAUUACAAGCUUUAAAACUAUACUCAUUGAUAAUGUCCUGAAUGAUAACAGGAGUCAAUAUGUUUCCGUCUAUUUUAACAUAAGAUGUAUAAAAUUUGGUUGGAGAGCGCCACAGUAGAACCAACAAUUGGUGCAUUCAAGUUGGACAUGCGCGUUCCAAGCGGUACCAACCUCUGUAAUUGGCAUUUGAAGCUCAAAGAGCUAUCAACCAAUGGAAAAUGGGUAGAAUUACUCUGCCACUACCAUCAAGUAAACAAAGCUGGACUUCACCCAACACACUAUUCAGACUUCCCUCCAAUUCUCAAAGCAUGUUCAAACCUCCUUUCCUACUCCUACGGAAAAUCUAUACAUGGGUGUUUGAUCAAAACCGGGUGUGAUUCAUACACUUCCAUUGCUAACUCCACCAUGGACUUUUACAUCAAAACCAGGGACCCAGAUUCUGCAUCGGCUGUUUUUAACUCUAUGAGGUGGAGAGAUCAAGUUUCUUGGAAUAUUAUGGUUUAUGGGAGCCUUGAUCUGGGGAAUUUAGAACAAGGGUUAUGGUGGUUUAACAAGGCCAGGGUUUCGGUUUGUGGGUUUCAACCCAAUACUUCUACUCUGGUACUCGUAAUUCAAGCCUGUCGUUGGCUUAGAGCAGCUAUAUAUGAAGGACUGAAAGUACAUGGUUACGUGAUUCGAGGCGGGUUUUGUUAUAUAUCUUCAGUUCAGAACUCAUUGUUGAGUCUCUAUGCAGAAGAUGAUGACAUGGAGAGUGCACACAAGCUGUUCGACGAAAUGUCUGAGAGAGAUGUCAUCUCUUGGAGUGUGAUGAUAGGAGGUUGUGUGCAUUGCGGGGAAGCUCAAAACGGCAUGAAGAUGUUCCGAAAGAUGGUAUGUGAGCUUGGCAUUGAACCAGAUGGCGUAACUGCGGUCAGUGUUCUUAAAGGGUGCACUAGUUUGAGGGACUUGACCAUGGGAACAUCGCUCCAUGGGUUGGUAAUCUAUAGAGGGUUAGAUUCUGAUCUGUUUGUUGGAAACUCUUUAAUUGAUAUGUAUGCCAAGUGUGGUGAUGCGGAUUCUGCCUUCAAAGUUUUUGAGGAGUUGCCGCAAAGAAAUAGGGUCUCAUGGAAUUCUAUGUUGUCUGCAUUUGUCCAUAAUGAGAGGUACAUGGAUGCCCUGUCGCUGUUUUAUUCUAUGGGGAAGGAAGGUAUCAACGCAGAUGAAGUGACUCUGGUGAAUAUUCUUCAAACAUGCAAGCAUUUGCACCUAGGUCAUUCCAAGUCGGUGCACUGUGUAACAAUCAGGUGGCGAUUUGAAUCAAAUGAGUUGCUCCUGAAUUCGCUCAUUGAUGCUUAUGCAAAGUGUAAUAGUAUCGAGCUUGCAUGGAAACUUUUUGAAAGGAUGAAGAAAAGAGAUGUGGUUUCGUGGAGCACUAUGAUUGCAGGGUUUACACAAUGUGGCAGACCUGAUCAAGCAAUUGCCAUCUUCGGAGAGAUGACAAGGCUGCAGGCACAGGAUGAUCAGAAGCCCAAUGAGAUUACACUCAUAAAUCUUUUUGAAGCUUGUUCAGUUUCAGCCGAAUUGAAAUGGGCCAAAGGGGCACAUGGAAUUGCUAUUCGAAGAGCUUUGUCAACUGCAGAUCAAGUAGCCAUUGGAACUGCAAUUGUUGACAUGUACUCGAAAUGCGGGGCAAUAGGAGAAUCAAGAAAGGUGUUCGACCAGAUUUCCGAAAAAAACAUUGUGUCAUGGAGUGCCAUGAUAGCUGCAUAUGGCAUGAAUGGUCUUGCACAUGAAGCUCUAGCUUUGGUUGAGGAAAUGAAGCUGUAUGGUGCAAAGCCAAAUGCAGUGACCACCCUUUCUAUGCUAUCUGCCUGCAGCCAUGGAGGCUUAGUUGAAGAAGGGCUCUCCUUGUUCAACUCACUUGUUCAAGUUUAUGGAAUUGAGCCAAGAUUGGAACAUUAUGCGUGUGUAGUUGACAUGUUGGGCCGAGCAGGAAAGCUCCAUAUGGCUAUGGAUUUUAUCAAUAACAUUCCAGAAGGUUUAAAGGUCACUGGGGAAAAUGCUGCUUGGAGUGCAUUAUUGAGUGCUUGUAGAAGCUAUAGCAAUAGUGACGUUGGCGCAGUAGCUGCUUCUCAUGUCCUUGAGUUAGAGCCUGAAAGUUCAACUGGGUAUUUACUUGCCUCAAGUAUUUAUGCAGCAGGUGGGUUGUGGGUUGAUGCUGCAAGUAUUAGAAGAAUGGUGAAAGAAAAAGAGGUGAAGGUUGUUGCUGGUUAUAGCUUAGUUUAUGUUGAUAACAAGGCAUGUAGAUUUGUUGCUGGGGAUAUUGAUUGCCAUUCACUAGCUGCUGGAGAGAUGCACUCUAUAGUUGAGCUGUUGCAUGCUUGUAUGAAGACUGAAAAGAGAAAUGCUGGUAAUUUUGAUAUAAUUGAUUAGUUACUUGAGAGGCCAUUUGAUAACAAUAGAUUUAACCAGAAAAAUAAUAGUGAGAAAAAAGGUAAGUAAUGCACUGGAAUUGCCAUUAGAAAGACAAAUAAGUAGUGAACUGGUUGAAGUUGGCCCAUCCAUAACACUGGCAAGUUAGUCUGAGGUUUUGGCAUUUGCAGUGGGAAGUUGCUUUCCUAUGCCAGUGUGCCGUGUCUUCUCCAUGUUUGCAGGUGUAGGAAUCUAUGAUAGAAGAACUGGAUUGCUGGCCAGCUAUAUGAAGAUAACUUUUUCCCUUGGUAUAUGUUAUUUAUUUCUGGGUCUUCUCAGAGGAUAUGAGUCAUAGUCAUCCGAAAUUUACGAGGCUAUUCGCCAUUUUAGUAAGUGAAACAAUUAUUUUUUUUCUUCUAUAUUUGGAGAUAAACAAUGGGCGAUUAUUUUUUUCGUUUUUAUUUUAUUUUGUUUUUCCUAAAAAAAGUAAUCCUACAUCUUCUCCUUUCUUUUCUUGAAGGAAGAGAAAUGUUGAUCAGGGCUAUGUUGUAGGAAGUGCAUGCGUGCACAUUCUUAAUUUUCUGUGUGGUUAAGAUGGUCGUCAUUGCUGUCAUUGUUGCUUUUAACUUGGCAAGCACUGUAAGUAGCUUACCACUAAUGAUGCUUAAAACUUGUAGUUAUUCAUUUUUAUUUAUAUCGAUUUCUUGAGUUCCUCACAUAAGUUUUUUACAUGAGUUGGUCCUUAUAGGCAUGAUCAAUGGCGGAACUAUUUGGGGGCCGGAGUGGGCCCUGGCCCCCCCCCCAAUUAUUUUGAAAAAUGAAAUUAUUUUAUUGGUAGGCUUGUAUUUUUAUCAUAAUUAAAAGCUAUUUGACUAAAAUUUAUAAUUAUGGCCCCCUCAAAUUGAAUUUUUAACAUUAAUUAUUGCAGUAAACAGAUAACUAUAAUAAUUACCUUAAUUAAUAGCCUUAUGCAUCUUAUAGAAUCCUAUAAAAUAUAAAUUAAUGAGUGCAUUUAAAGGAUAAUAUUAAUGCAUGCUUGAUAUAUGGCUUUGAAAAUGAAGAAAAAAUAGUUUUCCUUUCUUGUUAUUCAAUAUUUGUUUGUAUUUGAAUUUUAUAGUAAAUUUCAAUUGUAAAAAAAAAAAAAUGUAUCAAAAUUUUUGGCCCCCUCAAAGAGAAGUUUCAAGUUCCGCCACUGGGCAUGAUGUACUAGGAUUGAACUGGUUUGGACCAGCAGAUUGUCCUUCCCCUGGACUGCUACCUCCAGGUCUCCCUUUGUUUUCUGGAAUCUUCUUACCUUAUACUCGUAAGUUCUUGGCAGUUUAAUCAUUCAAAUUUUGAAGGCUAUUUCAAUAAUAUAUCAGGGUAUUUGGUUUGGACCACCAAAUUUGUUGUACAGGAUUACAACUACAGAUUUCAAGACUCGAUCAAGAGCAUCUUUAUACCAGAAUGAAGCUAUAUUCUCAGUCGGCUGCCUUUUGGCUUGGUGAUUUUCUCGUGUGUAUGGAUAUUCCCGAGGCUUUUGGUUGCGGUGGGAAUUAUUUAAAUGGUUCCUAGUGUCCACCUGAUGAUCAGCAACGCCUUGGUGGAGUGUGCAAAGAGUGGACAACAGGAAUGCUCAUCUAAUCUAUACAGCUGAGAUUAACUGUAGCAAAGCAGCAGGGUUAAGAACUAAUUGGUUCCACUGUUUUUGCCACUCAGCUGAGGUUUUGUAUCAAAGAUGCCUCUUACAGAGACUUUUCUGAACAGAUCCUUACAAAAAUUGAGCAAUGAAAAUCUCAGUCAAAAAAUUGUGUAGCAAAUGUCCAAUGUUGGUUAGACACGACAAAUGAGAAGCAAAAAAAAAUUCUGUGAAGCUUAUGGUUACCAAAAAGGUGGUUUGUUAUGCAGAAUCAGAAGAAUGUCCACCUUGACAGGCAGUACUUUAAUGUCAAGGAGUUCCCAACUUUAUCCUGGUUUUUGCUAUUUCAACCAUCUUUAAGAAUUGAGCAUGGACAGGAGGGAAUAUGGCGAUCUUGGCAGAAGGAGCUGACUACUAAUGCAACUCUAUUUCCCCUAGGUUUUUUACUUCAGACUGUUACUCCACUCAAACUUACGUGUUACGAAUCUGGAUGUGAUUAUGGAAGAUUUAUAUACACUUUGCAAUCUUUCUUUUUUUUUGGUACAAUGGAGGCAAGAAGCCCAAACAAGAAAAGACAAACUAGCCAAGAUGACUUUUACAGACUUGCCGAGGUCUAGAAACACCUAAAAUAUCAUCAAGCAAGGCUUCCACAACUAAACUAGGAGGACUUUGAUAAGUGCAAAUCCCAGAAGCAUGCUGCACACUUUCUUUGGCAAGGAUAUCAGCAACCACAUUACCCUCUCUAUGUAUGUGCUUGAGGUUCAGAAUAUCAAAUUGACUCAUCAGCAUUUUGCAGUUAAGAAGAACAGUUCCAAGAGGAUGUAAAUCCACGUUCUCACUAUUCAAUAGUGUCACCAAAUUUGCAGAAUCAGAAUCAACAUCUAACUUGUUGAUAUGUAAAGCAAUAGCAAGCUGCAGUCCAUGAAAUAAACCCCAGGCUUCAGCCUGAAGCACCUCACCUGUCCCAAUGUUCACCAUGAAACCACUAAUCCACUCACCAUUAGAAUUCCUUAUAACUCCCCCAGCACCAAUAAGACCAUUAGAGGAGCGAGAACCAUCAACAUUCAGUUUGAAACAUCCCAUUCCAGACUUGCAAUCUUUACUAUAACUGAGAGUCUAGUUGUAAGGCCUAUAUCUCCUUUCUUUGUCGGUUCCAUGUUGAAUGAAGGACCUUUCUCUCACAUCAAGGCACAUUAUAGUGCAGGUUGACAAGGUGAGGGUGAGUUUAUGUACUGGAUUCUUGUUUUUCAAUUAGCAGAUACUUUGGUGCUUCUGUCCAUUGGGCCACAACAAAAUUAGUGGGAUAUCAUUGAUCUAUUCUAUUUUUGCUUUCUUUAAUUUUUCAGUUGCUGCAGACACUUCAUCUUCCACUCGACUAAGGAAGAAUAAUGGCCAGAACUGUGCCAUCUAAGUUGAUGCAGAUUUUGCUUAAUAAUGUAACUCAAGCCAUGAUGUAUGUGUAUCACUGUAUUGGAAUGGGAGACUGCUUGUUUCUAG